UCAAGAAGAUGAUAUGAGUUCAUGUCCAUGAUUAGUUCUUCUCCUCUCACAGUCACAACAGAGAGAGAGAGAGAGAGAGAUUGAUGGCCAUUGAUUGUGUGUGGCAUGAUCAUCCACUCCAACUGAGAUCAAUCCCAACAGACACCCAAGCUCUCUGCUUCGUUUGCUGUCAACCGUUAUCAGGUUACCAUUAUCGCUGUCCAGAUUGCACCUUCUUCCUCCACAUUUCUUGCCUCAAACUUCCCCUCCAAUCUCUCCACCCACUCCACCUCCCCCACCACCUCUCUCUCCUCCCCAAUCCACCUCCCAAUCCCCACAACAACAACCCCGAAAUCCUCUGCACCCAUUGCCAAACACCUUGCUCUGGCUUCACCUACCACUGCUCACUCUGUUCCUUCACUCUCCACCUCCACUGCGCUUCUCAACGCCAUCAUUUCAAACUCGAAAUCCACCACCACCCUCUUGCAUUUUCGGUCUCUCCGCCAAAUGGGUUCGAGUCGUUUCGCUGCAAUGUUUGUGGUGAUUUUGGUUAUGGGUUCAAUUUGGGUUGUGUUGGUUGUGAGUUUUUUGUCCAUAUCGAGUGUUCUGCACUUCCAGUGUUCGUGAAAAGUCCUCGCCACCGACACCCUUUUUCGCUGACCUCAAUUCGGUCCAUUGACGAUGGAACGGAUGAAUAUUACUGUGAUAUUGUUUGUGAGGGUGAAGUGAACCCGAAAGGCUCUGUUUACUAUUGUGCUAAAUGCAAUUACAUGGCUCAUUUAGGUUGCUUGACUUCUGCUCCAAAGCCUUAUAUCAAAUUCUCUUACAGGGAUGUUGAUGUUUCAUCUUCUCAGUCUCUAAAUCAAUCAAACACUCAAAUGGAUCAAAUUGGAUUUGAUAAUGGUGUUUUUAAUCCUCCAUCAUGUGAAAAUGAUGAUGAAAAUCUAACCAAGUUGAGUCAUCGUUACGCUGCACUCCGAGCAGGCGAUGAAUCGUCAGAGGUGGUGGGGAAGAUUGUACACUUUAGCCACCAACAACAUCCCUUAGUCCUCAAUGAUCUUAAGAAAAAUGGAGUUAUAUGUCGUGGGUGCUGGGGACAAAUCCUGGGUUUCGCCUAUAGUUGCAGCCAAUGCAACUUCUUUCUUCACCGGUGGUGUGCCGAGUUGCCUCCCAAGAUUCAACAUCCAAUCCAUCCUAAUCACACUCUCACCCUCAUCGCAAUCUCGUCAUCGCCUAGUAAUCAGUGCAAUGCUUGUAGUGAGCCUUGUGAUGACUUCACUUUCAACUGCAAAAUCUGUUCUUUUAACCUCCAUGCCAUGUGUGCUUCGAUACCGAGCACAAUUAUAACUGGGAUUCACAACCACCCUCUUUUCCUUCGCCAAAAGAGACCCUAUUCGAUCAAAUGCAAUGCUUGUCGUAGCGAUUGCAAUGGCACGGUCUUUGAAUGCGAAAGGUGUGAUCUUGUGCUUGAUUUCAAAUGUGCAUUAUUGCCUCACAAGGUUAGACAUAAAUGUCAUAUUGAUCCUCUGGCCUUGACUUAUGUUCCUGUUCCUGUUGAAGAUGAUUCUGAUGAGUUUUACUGUGACGCUUGUGAGGAAUUGAGAGACCCAAACCACUGGGUUUACUACUGUGCUGAUUGUGAAUUUAGUGCUCAUAUGACUUGUGUGGUGUCUGAACUACUUGGAGGUCCUCCAUCAAAGGGACUCAUCCAGUUUGACCACCAUGAGCACCUUCUUAGUCUCAUCACAAAACCCCCUUUCAAUUCUUCUUGAAACUAGCUGUGUUGAUCUUCACUCGUGUAUUAAUCUCUUGGAUAGCAACACUACGUCCCAGAAAAAAUGCCCAGAAUUCCAAAUGUGUGGAUUCAAAUUGUUAGUGCUUUUCUGAUUUUAUUUUAUUUUUUCUUUUCUGAGUACCUAGUAUUUCUGUCUAUCUUGCUUACAAUAUGUGUUAUUACUGAGUGAUUAUUGUCUCCUCAAGACUUGUUUGUGGGAAUGAGUUUGCGUUUGGCUAUUACUAUCCUGUAAUUACAGGUCCUGUCAAUAACAGUUACAUUGAUGUUGCAAUAAAUAAGAUGUUUAUGAUUGUUAA